AUGCGUUUAUUUGCGCUUCUUACUCAGUCGACUUUCCAUGCCAACCUCCCCGAGUCGAUUUCAUCCGUCUUAUACGCCAACAAUUCCUGCCUACCCCCUGGGGCUCCGGGCUACAACAAAACACUUGGUUGCCAUCUCGGUGGAUAUCCAAGUUAUGUUGUCAAUGCGACGAGCGAUGAGCAGAUAGCUCUCGCUGUCAAAUGGGCAUCAGACCGAAAUAUCCGCAUCGUUGUCAAGGGAACUGGCCAUGACUUAUGCGGAAGAUCCAGUGGCGCACACUCUCUGUCCAUCUGGACUCGGCACAUGCAGCGGGUCGAGUUCGAUCCGAGCUGGAGAGUACCUGGGACUAACAAGACAGACACCGUGCUCAUCGCCGCAAGCGGCCUCACUUACGGUGAUGCAGUUGGUCACGCUCUCAAGUAUGGCCACGUCAUUGUAAGUGGCAAUGAUGCCACAGUUGGCUUGGGAGGGCAUAUUGAAGGCGGUGGUCAUGGCCCAUUGUCGAGCACCUUCGGCUUGGCCGCUGACAACAUUUACCAAGUGAGAGUUGUAACGACUCAAGGCCACAUACUCACUGCCGACGCUACGCAGAACCAGGACCUGCUCUGGGCUAUUCGAGGCGGCGGGGCGGGACAAUAUGGCAUUGUUACUGAGUACGUACUGAAAGCUUAUCCCGCACCAAGUGUCAUCGAAUCCGGUUUCACUAUCUCCCCACGUGGCGACAGUUCAGCUGCAUAUGAAACGACCUGGAACGCUUUCUUAGAGUUAAUGCGCCUGCUCCCUGAUCUUAUGGAUGCUGGCUUGGCCGGUGCAGCGAUAGUGCAAGGCAAUCACAAAGCUGGCGUCAGCAUCACCCAGGGGUUCUAUGCUUUCAACAAGUCGAAGACAGACACCGAAAAUUUGGUUCAGAUGGCUAUCGAUAGGAUUUAUCCUUCUAUCGGUGGCGAUAGCAGCAUCCUAUCGAUCGUUACUUCCAACACAACUGUCCAUCCUACCUACAAGGGGUUCUUCGAAGCCUUGAAUGCUGGAGGCUCAAACCAGGCCGGAGCUUAUUCCAUGCCGUCCAGUCGACUUCUCGGCCGUCGGGAGACAUCCGAGAUGACCCGGAAGACGCUGAUUAGCUAUCUCAAGCGGAUGCUUACAAGCUCAGACCCGGAAGCAUCUGGUAUGGCUGUUAUCGGCUUGCAAGGUGGACCGGGUCCUGCCAAAACUCCAAGAAGCAUGCGAGGCGCGCUUCUACCAGCAUGGCGAUCAACCUAUCUCCAUACCAUGAGCUACAGUCUGACUCUCGACAGUACUCUUACACCAGCAGAGACACUGGCGAAAGGAGCACGCGAACUGAAUGACUCGAAGGAAAAGCUCUGGCAGGAAUGGGCGCCAGAUACUGGAGCCUAUAAGAACGAGGCAAACCCUUUUAAUCCGCAUUUCAAGAAUGACUUCUAUGGAGCAUUGUAUUCUCGUCUGCUGGAAGUGAAGGAGAAGUAUGACCCUACUGAGAGUCUUUGGGUUUUAUCCGGAGUCGGAAGUGAUGCUUGGGACUAUAGUCUAGAUACAGGCAAGCUUUGCAGAAGGAGUUAA